GGCCUUAAGCAGGGCCUGGGGGGGUGGGACAUGUCCUGGCUAGGGCCUAGUGUAGUGGAGGGGUCCCCAGGCAGGCCCCAGCGGUGAAUGAGCAUCUGAGUAGGGCUGGGGAGGGGAUGAGGGUCCUAGGCAGAGCCUGGACUAGUGGCUAGACCUGAGAGGGGCCCUUAGGCAGGGCUUAAGGUGAGGGAGGGGGUCCUGGGCAGGGCUUUGGGGUGGGGGGUUGUCCCCAUGCAGGCCCCAGCAUAGAGGGGGGACCAUAAGCAGGAUCUGGGGGUGGGGGUGCCCCUCAAGGCCCAUAGCUGAGGCAGGGGUCCCCCAGCAGGACCCAUCCCAGCUGCCUGCCCUGCCAGGCAAGAGCCGUCCCAGGGCCUGGGACAGCACUGGGGAAGCUGGUGCGCAAGGGAGCUCCCGGCUCUCUCCCUGCCUCCUCCUGAAUUGCACCCAGUGAAGGAAGCCGCCUCCAAGUUCAUGCAUAAAAGAUCAACUGAAGUGGUGUCACUGCUGAAGAUCGAUCCGCCAGCAGAAGGUGCAGGUGGAGGCGUGGAGCUGUGCACAGAGAAGCGUAAGCCCGGAGCGCCGAAGGCCAGCAGCCCGUCCCGAGGAGCAGGACGCAGCAGCCAGCCCCGUCUCCUGCCGGGAGGGUCCUUUCACCCCAGAGCAAACAGUGACAUGUGGAAGGUCUGAGCCCUCUCCCACCUUCGCCGGGACACCAUGGACACCGAAGCCGUGCAGCCCCAGGAGGCUUCGCUGACGGUCAACGAGCAGGUUAUUGUCAUGUCCAGCCAUGAAACCAUCCGAGUGCUGGAGGUCGGCGUGGACACCCCGCUCCCGGCCGAGGAGGACCGGAAAGCCUUGGAGAUGCCACCAGGGGAGGUAGCGCGGGGCUCCCCGGGAGAGACCGGCCACCCGGGCAGAGAGGACGUCCCACCCAGCACCCAGAGCUCAUGCAGCGGGGAGGCAGCCGGCAAAGCCAAACCGGCGGCCGGAGCAUCCCCCAGCACCGUCCCCUCCGUCGGCACCUUCAGCCACGCCACGAGCCAGCAGCCGCAGACGUUGGCCCCGCUGGCCGUGCAAGCCACCCCGCAGGUCUUGACUCAGGAAAACUUAGCAACAGUUGUGACAGGAGUAAUGGUUCCAGCAGGGACAGUUACUCAACCUCUUCUUAUCCCCAUCAGUAUUGCAGGUCAAGUGGCAGGUCAGCAGGGGCUGGCUGUGUGGACAUUUCCUACAGCAACGGUCGCUGCCCUUCCCGGAUUGACGGCUGCUUCUCCUACAGGGGGAAUUUUCAAACCACCUAUAGCCAAUUUGCAAGCCGCCGCCGUACUGAACACAGCCAUCCAAGCGCCGGUGCAGCCUGCCCAGCCGCUGCAGGCUGCCGUCCAGCCCCGGCCCCCCCUCCAGCCCCCCGGCAUCUUCCCCACUACGCCCGGCCAGCCCCCCAUCCUGCCACAGCCCGCCGCAGCGCCCACGCCGCCCGUGGCCAAGCCGUUAGAGACGCAGACCCAGAUCACCGUCCAACCUGCCGGAUUUGCCUUUAACCCUGGCAUAAUCAGCGCGGCUUCUCUCGGGGGCCAAACCCAGCUCCUGGGCUCCUUGGCAGCCGCCCCUGUGAUCGCAAACACCAUCUCCAGCGUGCAGGGCAUCACAGGCCAGAUCCUGACCAACGCCCAGGGCCAGGUGAUCGGGACCCUGCCGUGGGUGGUGAACCCCCCCGGGAUGGCGGCAGCCAGCCCUGCCCCGGCCGCUCUGCCGGCCCAGAACCUGCAGGUACAGACAGUGACGCCCCAGCUGCUGCUCAAUGCCCAGGGCCAGGUCAUCGCCACGCUGGCCGGCAGCGCCAUCCAGGCGGCCGCCAUCAAGAAAACCGGCACCCCCGACCCCCCCGCCAAGAACGAGGUGCAGCCCAUCCAGCCGGCCCCGGCUCUCACCCAGCCGGCCGUGGUGAUGGCAAACCCUGCCCCAGUGGCAAAGGCUUCCUCCGCGCCCGUCCCCAUCACCUGCUCGGAGACCCCCACCGUCAGCCAGCUGGUCUCCAAGCCCUCGGCUCCCAACAGCAGCGCGGAGGAGGACGGGAUCAACCUGGAGGAGAUCCGGGAAUUCGCCAAGAACUUCAAGAUCCGGCGCUUGUCCCUCGGCCUGACGCAGACGCAGGUGGGACAGGCCCUGACGGCCACCGAGGGACCCGCCUACAGCCAGUCGGCCAUCUGCAGGUUCGAGAAGCUGGACAUCACCCCCAAGAGCGCCCAGAAGCUCAAACCGGUGCUGGAGAAGUGGUUGAGCGAAGCCGAGCUCCGUAACCAAGAGGGGCAACAAAACCUGAUGGAGUUCGUGGGGGGGGAGCCCUCCAAAAAGCGGAAGCGCCGUACCUCCUUCACCCCCCAAGCCAUCGAGGCUCUCAACGCCUACUUCGAGAAGAACGCCUUGCCCACCGGCCAGGAGAUCACCGAGAUCGCCAAGGAGCUCAACUACGACCGCGAAGUCGUCCGCGUCUGGUUCUGCAACCGCCGGCAGACCCUCAAAAACACCAGUAAACUCAACGUCUUUCAGAUCCCCUAAAUGGGGGACGGGGACGGGGACGUGUCCCCCCACCCCCACCCCAUUGUCCCCCCCCCGACCUCCUGCCAUCAGCACUUUCACCACCGACUCUGUCCCCCCUGGCCCCGCGGUGGGUGCUGGGGUCUCCACCGCCCCACCGUGCCCAUAGGUGUGUCCGUGUGUCCGUCUGUCCCCUCUUCCUCCACAUCACACAUGACCUAAGCGUGUUCACGGCGGCUGUCACGCCUGCCUCGUGCCUCCUGCCUGUAACGUUGCGUGGUGACGGACCCCCUGCCUGCACACACCGCCCGUCCCGUCCCCCCAAGUGUGUGACCCCCCCAAGAAAAAGGAGUGAUUUUUGGGUUUUGGCCGUUUUCCUGUGUUUCCGAGGUAGCGUCACGGCUUGCUAGGGGUGAGCCCCAGUUUAAUUUCAACCCCCCUUUGAUUUUGGCGGUCCCCCGCCUCGUGCCCGCCGGUGUGAGGGGCUUCUGGGUGCGAAACCCAUCCCCCCCAGCCAUGGGGACAUCACCGUGGGUGGGGACUUCACUGGGCUCCCCACCAUCGUCCCCAGAGGGUUUUGGGGAGGGGACACGAGCCCCAUAAUGGAGGCAGUGCCCCCUCCCCGCCUCCCCCCACCCCAACGUGGGGGCCAAGCGGGUUGGGGGCUCCAUCCGUCGCCCCCCCCUCUUGCCUGGAGAGUGCUGGGGAGAGGCGAUGGCUGGAGGGGGGAGGCUGGGGGGACGGGGAGGGGAGGCCGGUGGCCCCGCCAGGGCACACGGCAGACUGAUGCACUUGAUGUAGUGGUGUGAAAUAAACAGUAUUUUUCUUUUUUCUUUUCCUUUCCCCUUUUUGCCGGACUGGGGGGGAAGGAAGAGCGGGGUGUGUGUGGGGGUCCCUACUCAACCCACCUAGUCCCAGACCCUGCGGGCUGCGGAACGAAGGCUGCUCUUGGCACCCUGCUGUGGCUUCCCGUGCCACCAGCACCUGGGUUUUCGGGGAAGCGGCUCCGAGGAUGGAGCUGGGCCGGCGUCGUUCCCUCCAUCCCCGCUGCAGCCCCGGGAGGGGCUGAGACCCGCGCAACUCAGCGCACGCAUGAUCCGGGGCCGGGACUCGAACCCGCCACCCUCCGGGAGGGACUGCGCGGACC